AUGACCACCACUCCAGCCUCCUCUUCCACCACUACAACCGGAACCAAACUCCCUAUCCCAUUAUCCACAUCCGACUCAUUCACCACCGAUGGCACCCCAUUUGCCGAUCCCACUCUUUACCGUUCUCUUGUUGGCGCCAUUCAAUAUCUAACCAUUACUCGUCCCGACUUGUCCUACGCGGUCAACCAAGCCUGCCAACACCUUCACUCCCCUACCGAAACCUAUUUCCAAUUGGUUAAGCGAAUACUUCCUUAUGUCAAGGGAACAAUCUCUCAUGGGUUACACUAUACACAACCCACUACUUCUACCAUUUUAGGAUAUUCAGAUGCGGAUUGGGCACGGUGCAUUGAAACACGUCGGUCUACAUACGGUUAUUCAAUUUUCUUAGGCGGUAACUUGGUAACAUGGAGUGCGAAGAAACAACCAACUGUGUCACGAUCGAGUUGUAAGUCGGAAUAUAGGGCAAUGGCUAAUGCUGCAGCCGAAAUUGUUUGGGUUACUCAUUUGUUAAAGGAACUUCAUGCUCUUCCUCAAACUCGACCAACUUUGCUGCGCGACAACAAAAGUGCUCUUUUCAUGAGUCAAAAUCCAGUUUCUAACAAACGAGCCAAGCACAUCGAUUUAGACUAUCACUUUGUUCGGGAGUUAGUUAUGUCUGGAAAAUUACACACCAAGUUUAUACCAACCAAGCUUCAACUGGCGGACAUUUUCACAAAAAGCUUACCUCGACCACUUUUUGAGCAAUUUCGAUAUCAACUUCGAGUUCUUCCGCCGCCGUUUCGCUUGAAGGGGGAUAAUAGAAUAAAUCAAUAA